CUUCCCUCUCGCCUCUGCUAAUCUGAAGUCAUAACCAUGUUAUCCCGCAGAGCGCAAGUUGCCGCAAGACGGCUUUCAGCUAUCCCUAGGACUUCUCGAUUACAAGCUAUCCGCGCCUCCUCCCUAUACACCCAUCCCAUCUCGGUCAGUCCGAACUUUCUGAACAAUGCUCUGUUACCAACAACAGCCGCGCGGUUCUAUGCCAGGGGUCGACCGCAACCCCCAGGUGGUACCCAUCGAAUGGACAUGGGGGGCGAGCCGGAGAAAUCUGCUUUAGAAGAGUAUGGCGUCGACCUCACAGCACGCGCAAGGGAUGGAAAGCUAGAUCCCGUUAUCGGAAGAGCCGCCGAGAUACACCGCACAAUACAGAUCCUAUCGCGAAGGACAAAAAACAACCCAGUUCUGAUUGGAGCUGCGGGCACGGGGAAAACAGCUAUUCUGGAGGGCCUCGCGCAACGAAUAGUGCAGGGAGAUGUGCCAGAGUCUAUAAAGGAGAAGCGAGUCAUUUCGCUCGACUUGGGCCAACUCAUCGCUGGAGCCAAGUUCCGAGGAGACUUUGAGGAGAGGCUCAAGAAAGUGUUGAAGGAAGUGGAAGAUGCGAAAGGUGGUGUUAUACUCUUCGUUGACGAGCUACAUAUUCUGCUGGGCCUAGGCAAAGCGGAGGGCAGCAUUGAUGCCAGCAAUCUCCUGAAGCCUGCGCUAUCCCGCGGAGAGCUGCAAUGCUGCGGUGCUACUACGCUCAACGAAUAUAGGAUGAUUGAGAAAGAUGUGGCGCUUGCGAGAAGAUUUCAGCCCGUCAUAGUGGGCGAACCAAGUGUUCCGGAUACGAUAUCGAUUCUUCGAGGCAUCAAGGAGCGGUACGAAGUUCACCACGGUGUGCGAAUCACUGAUGGGGCUCUUGUCGCUGCUGCAACGUACAGUAAUCGCUACAUAACCGAUCGCUUCCUUCCAGACAAAGCUAUCGAUCUGGUCGACGAAGCCGCUAGUGCACUCCGUUUGCAGCAAGAGAGCAAACCAGAUGCAAUCCAGGAGCUUGAUCGUCAGAUUAUGACCAUUCAAAUCGAGCUAGAGUCGCUGCGCAAAGAGACAGACAUAGCCAGCGUAGAGCGGCGGGAAAAGUUGGAGAGCACCCUCAAAAUUAAGCAAGAGGAGGUCAAAACCUUGAUGGACAAAUGGGAAAAGGAACGAGCUGAGAUUGGAGAGAUCAAAAAUGCGCAAGAGAAUUUGGAGAAGGCGAAGCUUGAGCUUGAGAAAGCCCAGCGAGAAGGAAAUUUUGCCCGAGCCGGCGAGCUGAGAUAUUCGCAGAUUCCGGAACUCGAACGCAAGCUGCAAAGCGAGGACGCCGCUGGUGGAAAAUCAUCCGACACACUCAUACACGACUCGGUCACUGCGGAUGAUAUCGCUGGUGUUGUGAGCCGAACGACUGGCAUCCCGGUUACAAAGCUCAUGGCAGGCGAGGUCGAAAAGCUGAUCCACAUGGAAGAGUCUCUUCGGCAGCACGUUCGCGGUCAAGACGAAGCAUUGACAGCGGUCGCCAAUGCUGUUCGCAUGCAGCGAGCAGGCCUAAGUGGAGACAACCGCCCUCUCGCUAGCUUUAUGUUUUUGGGACCAACUGGUGUUGGUAAGACCGAACUUUGCAAGAAGAUGGCAAACUUCCUCUUCUCCACGGAAACAGCCGUCAUCCGAUUUGAUAUGAGCGAGUUCCAGGAAAAACACACGAUAAGCAGGCUCAUAGGCAGUCCUGCAGGCUAUGUUGGAUAUGACGACGCAGGCCAACUCACGGAAGCCGUUAGAAGGAAGCCUUACGCAGUGUUGCUAUUUGAUGAGUUCGAAAAAGCUCAUCGCGACAUCUCAGCACUCCUUCUCCAAGUCCUGGACGAGGGCUUUUUGACCGACUCUCAAGGCCACAAGAUCGAUUUCCGAAACACGAUCAUCGUCUUGACCUCGAAUCUAGGUGCCGAUAUUAUCGUUGGCGAAGACAUGCUUCACAGAUCGAAGACUCCCGAAGACGAUGACCAGAUUUCUCCAAAGACCAAGGAAGCUGUGAUGGACGUUGUAGCUUCCUCAUAUCCCCCCGAAUUUCUCAAUCGUAUCGACGAGUUCAUUUUGUUCAGACGGCUUUCUCGUGCAGCUCUUCGUGACAUCGUAGACAUUCGAUUGAAAGAGUUGCAGCAGCGGCUGGAUGACCGUCGUAUCAAGCUAGACGUCUCUGAUGAUGUUAAGCAAUGGCUUUGCGACCGAGGAUAUGACCCCAGGUUCGGUGCUCGUCCCCUGAAUCGCCUGAUCGCGAAGCAAAUUGGAAACGGGCUUGCAGACAAGAUCAUCCGUGGUGAGGUCAAAGGCGGUGAUGUUGCGAAGGUUACCAUACAGGACGAUGGUGCUGGAUUAGAAGUGCGGGCAGCCACAUCGUGAGGCCAGUCACAUCGCGAGGCUGUCAAAAGUUAUCCUCCAGCCAUAGGUUGUUUUCUCCAGUCUUUUAAGAUACCUUGUAAAACAUGUGGGAUUGGUUUGUGUCAUUAUUUCGUACUCAAGCUGCAUUGCUGGC